UCACUGCUCUGCUAGGGCCGCCAUCUUGCCUGCGCCCGGACUCGCUCCCGCGUUCGCGGGCCCUUCCUUCUCCUCGCGGCGUGAAGCGGCGGCAAAAGGGAGGACAGGGGGCCCGCCCGGGCGGUGCUGAUGCGCUCAGAGCCUCCCCGCACCUUUCUCAGGCGCCGCUAGCGAAGGGGGCGGGGGCGGUCGGGCGGUCGCCGGCGCGGCCUCUCCUCUCCUGUGCCGGGAUGGGUCGGUCCCGCAGCCGCAGCUCGUCCCGCUCCAAGCACACCAAGAGCUCCAAACACAACAAGAAGAACCGGAGCCGGUCGCGGUCCCGCUCCCGGGAGAAGGACCGGGCGCGGAAGCGCUCCAAGUCCCGGGACAGCAAACGGAACCGGCGCCGCGAGUCCCGGUCCCGGUCCCGCUCCAACACGGCUCCUUCUUCCCGCCGCGACCGGGACCGUGACCGCGAUCGCGCCUCCUCCCCUCCCGACCGCAUCGAUAUCUUCGGGCGCACGGUGAGCAAGCGCAGCAGCCUGGACGAGAAGCAGAAGCGGGAGGAGGAAGAGAAGAAAGCCGAGUUCGAGCGGCAGCGGAAAAUUCGUCAACAAGAAAUUGAAGAGAAACUCAUAGAGGAAGAAACUGCUCGAAGAGUGGAAGAGCUUGUGGCAAAACGUGUAGAAGAGGAGUUGGAGAAAAGAAAAGAUGAGAUUGAGCGAGAGGUUCUUCGCAGGGUGGAGGAGGCUAAGCGCAUCAUGGAAAAACAGUUGCUCGAAGAACUCGAGCGACAGCGACAAGCUGAACUUGCAGCACAAAAAGCCAGAGAGGAAGAAGAGCGUGCAAAGCGUGAGGAACUAGAGCGAAUACUAGAAGAGAAUAAUCGAAAAAUUGCAGAAGCACAAGCUAAACUGGCUGAAGAACAAUUGAAAAUUGUUGAAGAACAAAGAAAGAUUCAUGAGGAGAGGAUGAAACUAGAACAAGAGAGACAACGUCAGCAAAAAGAAGAGCAAAAAAUUAUCCUGGGCAAAGGAAAGUCUAGGCCAAAACUGUCCUUCUCGCUAAAAAGCCAGGAUUAAAUUGCAACUCUGAACUCUUAAAAGAAAAAAAAAAAAAAGAAAUAAAUAAACACAAACAAACAAAAAAUACCAACAAAAAAAGGAAAACAAAAAAAACUUCGUAUGGUAGCUUCAUGUUGAAGUGGUUUUUUUUUUCCUCUCAAUUUUUUUUUUCUUGUCUUUUUUGAAAGUCUGGAAAGUUAGCUUGUUCUAAUAGGGGCUGUGCUCUGCAAUUUUUUUUUUUUUUUUUUUUUUUUUUAAAACUUCCAUUAAGAUAAACCCUUAUCAGAUCAUUGUUGCCUUUUAGAGGGUAAUCUGUUCUCAUCAAUUUUGUUUUGUAUUAGUGGACUGAAACAGAUCAGGUCGCUUUAUAAAAUUGUGGAUGAUCUGAUAAGGUUUUACUGACCUACUCAUCAGAGUUUGACUCUGAUUAUUGACAGAACUUUAUACUGGGUAUUGCUGACUUUUAAUUUUUUUUUUUUUUUUAAAGUCAGUAAAUACAUGGGUAAAUUGCCAUAGUAUUACUGGACCUCUGUGGUUUAUUGUUAAAUCAGUGUCUUAUGAUACUGUCCCAUUGUUGCGCUUGAUGUUCCUGAUACAGGUAAGGAAAUAAAUAGUUGGUCAUUUCUGCUAUGAAUACAUAGAGAGAGUUCAGUAUUGUCUCUGUUAGAUUUGUUUUUAUUAUAUUGACAGCAUUCAACCAGCGUUCGCCAUUGUGUAAAUAAACCAAUUUGCCGAAUAAAGUGAAAGUCUUAAAUUCA